AACGCUCAUCGCUGUCAGUGACGCCCUGGGUCACCAAACCAAACCAAACCCACAGAUAUCUAUCUCUUCCGUACCUCACUCUUUCUACUAUAUAACUCUCCGCAACGCAUUUCACAUUUUCAUUUCUCUUCUUCUAAUAUUCGCCUCUUACCUCAAUGGUAUCAGGUCCACUGCUACUCCAAACAACCACAUCAACAACAACACACGAUGGAGGGCCAAGAUCUCUCCCCAUCCCACAUCGACACAUCUCGACCGUCCCUCGGCUUCCCCUUGGGCACUGCCCUCCUCUUGAUCAUAAUCUUCAGCCUCAGCGGCAUGUUCUCCUGCUGCUACCACUGGGACAAGCUACGGUCUUUUCGCCAAUCUCUCUCUCCUCCACACCCUCAACCCUCCCUCACCCAAUCCCAACCCUCCAUGGUUAAGCAAAACAAAGGUCAGAGCUUGCCAGUGUUGAUGCCUGGAGAUGAACUGCCCAAGUUCAUAGCCAUGCCUUGCCCGCGUCAACCUUCGCGCCCGGAUACCAUUGUUGUCACCGUCGACACCCCGCCCCUCAAACCGCCGCAGCCGGUGGCUCCUUUCUGUUAGUUAUUGCCAACAAAGCCAUGUUAACCACCGUUGGUCGGUGCUGUGUGUAAAUAUGUUUAUAUAUAUGCAUGAUGUUGCCGCCAUUUGUUCUAUACCACCCGGUGAAGAUGCAGGAUAAAAACAAAAAACAACGUGGGUACCAGGUCAAUUCCGAGAUCGUGACCGCUUCAUUUGAUUCCGUAUAUCUGUUGCUCUUGUAUGUGGUGAUUAAUUAGUAAAUUUAAGUGACUUAAUUGAUUAAACCGGUUCUAUUAAUUGAAAAAUGCAAAAAAAAUUCAAUUAGUUUGAGAAAA